CAUUGCAAUGUUGGGACAUGACGACCAUGUGCUAACACCAUGCCGUGGUCCCGCUCUGCCGUACUGAGUCUGUAUAAGAAGCUGCUGAGACAAGGCCGUUACCUUCAGUACACCGACCAGGACUUCUACAGGGCCAGCAUCCAGCAGGAGUUCCGCAAACACAUGCACCAGGACGACCCUGAACAGAGAGAGUUCCAGCUCAAGAAAGGCCAGAAGUUUCUGGAGACAAAGCUGGGUGGUCUAUGCUAAGCACCUCUCUGGAUUUAUUACAAAAAAGCAAUAGCAAGUUGCUUAGGACUGACAUCUUCUGAAAAAUUGACAAAACAUUCUUACGACUAAGUACUUUAAUCUAACUUCUUAGAAGGUUUAGGAAAAUAUUUUGAUUAUUGACAGAGAAAAAUUUCGGGAGAAGUUGCAAGCAGAGGGUAGCUUAGGAAAAUCAACAUGGCCAAGACAAAGAAGCAGAGAGGCAGGAAGAAGUUUGACUACUCCAAGAACAGGAAACGGCAGUGGAAGAAGUCUAAGAAGAAGGUGAAGAUCGGACACCGUGGCGUGGAGGCGGCGUGGGACGAUCGCAAGUCUGUCGGCCAGAACCUGAGAGACAUGGGCCUGUCACAUGACGUCAACAAGACUAUUCCACUGCCCAAGACCAGGGACAUGAUGCCCAAAGUCUACCAGGAUGAAGGGAUGGAAGUGGACGUUUCUCCUCCCAAGAAGUCCAAGAAAGCGAAGAAGCUUCACGUAAUGCGACAGCUAGAGCAGGAAGCCAACACCCUGCAGGAGGGCGCGCCGCGCCUGUCCUCGGAGAUGGUCCGGUACUGCACGUACAUGAUGGACAAGUACGGCGAGGAUUACGUCGCCAUGGCGAGGGACGUGAAGAACUACUACCAGGACACGCCCAAACAGAUCCGCAGGAAGAUCACCAGGUUCAAGUCCAUCCCUGAACAGUACCAGGAGUAUCUCAAACAGAAGGAAACAGCAAUGACUUCAUGAACUGUCGUACCAUUUAAUAUAGGCAUCAUAGUGAACAGGAACCCAGGUGAACUAACUAGGAUGGUACCAAGGAUAUAUUUUCCAGUUUUUCUAUAUGGAGAUCAGGAAUAUCUCAGACAAAAGGAAUAUAAAUGUCUUCAUGAACUGUUAUACCAUUUGAUAUGAUAUGGACAGGGGAUAGUCAGAAAAAUGCUUUUGUUUCUGUAGGCAUCAUAUUUAGUCUUCACUAGGAGCCCUAGUAAACUAACUAUAGGAUGGUACCAAGGAUAUAUUUUCCAGUCUUUCUAUAUGGAGGCUAAGAAUAUCUCAAACAAAAGGAAACAGCAAUGUCUUCAUAAAAGGGUUCUGCCAUUUAAUACAAUGGACUGGGAGUGGUCAGAAAACUGCCUUUACUUCAUUUUUUUCAAUAGCCAUCAUAGUGAGUCUGCAUGAGCCCAGGCAAACUAACUAGGAUGGCACCCAGGAUAUGUUUUUCAGUUUUUCUAUAGACCUGAGUAAUUUUAGUAUUAAAAA